AAAUCUAAAGACCAACAAGAAGAAGCUAUAAUUAUUAUUAUUAUAUUACUUACUACAAGUCUUACUACAGCGGUUCUAGGACUCUUAUCGUGAAAAUAAGAGCGCCAACCGGAUUGUUUUGCACGCGUGACAAAAGAUAAAGUGUUUUGUUGGUUUAUUAUAUUAUUUUACUCUUAUUAAAACUAAACUCGAGAGAAUAAAUCGUGGACGUACUCAUCCAGACUUUAUUACUACAAUUUCUUAUUUUUUUUUUAUUAUAAUAAUUUAUUUAUUUUAUUUAUUUAUUUAUCCGUAUAAAUUAUUAUCGGUUGAUUUUUUAUAUUGCAACGCGAGUGAUUUAAAACGAGAAGAAAAAAAUAUAUAAUAAUAAUAAUAAUAAUAAUAAUAAUAAUAAUAAAGAUAUAUAUACAUAUAUUAAAUAAAAAUAUAAAAUAAAAGGAGAGCUGAGGAUAAAUAAAAUAAAUAAUUCAGGAGUUAAGCGCGAUGUACGUUCAGACGAGCGGCAGUAUGCUGGGGAUUUUGCUGGCACUUAUUGCUGCUGGUGGGUCAGUCGUUGGGACCGAGGGAAAAAGAGUCGCACCACUUAUCGAUGAUGACUGGACCAAGAGACCACACCGUGCUGCCGAGUGUACAUUUGGAAAGCAGCUACGGGAAUUAGGGUCAACAUGGUACGCAGAUCUGGGACCACCUUUUGGAGUAAUGUACUGCAUCAAAUGCGAGUGUAUACCCGUACAGAAAAAACGCCGUAUUGUUGCGAGAGUACAGUGUCGUAAUAUUAAAAAUGAAUGCCCAAAAUUGACGUGCGAGGAGCCGAUUUUGUUACCUGGAAAAUGUUGUAAAUCCUGCCCCGGUGAAUACAGCGUGGAACUGGCGCAGGACUUGCCGAUCCAGCAAAACAUUGAAGAAGAAGAACGAAAUUUCAAAUACUUUGGAACUUUAAUAAGCGGCAAAACGUCACGGCAAAUAGUGGACAGUGUAAAUGAAUCAACAAAUUAUUUAGCUGCGUCAGAGUACAUUGCAACGGGACGUUUUACAUUUCACCGCAAGAAUCUCUAUUAUUCAUUUUACUUGAGUGCAUCAACACCGCGCCCAAGAAGUAUUCAGUUCAUCGACGACACGGGCAGUAUCUUAGAAGAGCAGACAAUAGACCCAGUGGGCGGAGUGUACCAAAAUGCAACGGGUAAAUUGUGUGGUGUGUGGCGUAGAGUACCGCGUGACUACCGCAAACUCAUGCGAGAAGAGCAGCUGUACGUGUCACUCAUUUGGGAAACACCGACAACUGCCACUACCUCAAAAGCACUUCUCGUAGGUCAACUAACGCGUUACAAAGCUCUGUCCACUGAACAAUUUUCCUCAUUACUUGAACCAGCAAUGGGAGUUGAUAAAACUCUGAUGUACGGCUCCGCUGGUACGGCCAUUAUUUCUGUUUCUUCAGCCUCUGCCCCCUCGAUACACGUAUCUCUGGUAUUCAAUGGUCUCUUUCUGCCUAAUGACAUCCUCGACGUUCCGCUUGUCGUCACAAUUGACCAUCAAGAAAAAGAUUAUGUUCUCUUGCAAGAAGACAUUAUUGUCGACAAACCCUCUGCUGAUGUCAAUUUUGGUGAAGUGCGCAGUGCACUGUCUGCUACUGAUUUGCGUUUACUAUCGCGAGGUAAAUUGUCAAUAACUAUUGCGUCAAAAAAAGAUCCUCAAGCACUCAAACUGACUGGUAGCAUUGGCACACGAGCUACUUGUGACAUUUUUCAAGCACUUUUACCCUCUGACUUUACGCGACAUGCUUCCGGAUUAGCAUGGGCUUACUUGGAUAGGUUUGGUGUGCUAAGAUACGGCGUAAAACUCGCUGGUCUUGAAGACGAAAGUCCGCUGGUGACGCUCGUUGAUGACGGAGGUAAACGUAAAACUGAGUUGGAAGAUUUGACGCCCACUCUUAUUGGUGGAUCAACAGCUAACGGAUCUUUAGAUCGACCAGGACCUAGAUUACUGGAGACUUUGUUUAAAGGAGAGCUUUCGGUAGUCGCUGCCUCACCUGCUGGAUCAGUAUUGAAAGGCAGACUGUCUCAAAGACAUGUUGCUGAUGCUAAAGAUACUUGUUCACCGGCUCUGUUGACUUCUUCAUCCAGUGGUUCAGUUGUUGGUUUAGUUUGGCUUGCCAUUGACACUGAUUGCUCGCUUCACUAUGAGCUAGAACUCACUGGACUGCCAGAUGAUGAUGAGAGAGAACAUACAGAUGAUGAAGAAGACAUUAAAGGUCGUCGGUUGUAUUUAGAAACAGUCCCGUUGCUCGUUGAAGGUGCUCCUGUUUCACGAAGACUACUCGAAGAAUUUGAUGGAAAUAUUUUAGAAGGCUCUGUCACUGGUUUAUCACUUAUUGAACUCUUCCGAAUCGACUCGGGUAUCGGGUUCCUUGAGGUUGUGGAAGUUGACAAAAAUGUCAGCACAAAAUUAGUAAGAACACAGUUUAAGGCUCGCGCACCUCUCAGUUGUCUUCCCCACUACGCAGACAACGAUGUCGCUUCAGUCUUGGUUUAUAAUCCUCACUCACCGAGCUCCGAACUCGAGAGCACGUCUUGCUUUCACGAGACAAAAUUCUACGAGGAAGGUACACAAUGGACAGCACACUCUGACCCAUGCUCCAUGUGUCAUUGUCAUCGUGGCACGGCCAAGUGCGAUCCUGUACCCUGUCCACCACUAAGUUGUCCCGUUAGUCUGAGAAUAAAACCGCCUGCCGGUCACUGCUGCUCCAUAUGUCAAUUACCGAUUGACAAUACGACGAGCACAACAUUAAAUCCAAUGACAUCAACAAUGUCGCUGAAAAAAAGUACCGGUGAUUUAUCUUUGCGUGGUUGUACUUUAGCAGGACAAUUUCACGUUGCUGGCGCUGCUUGGCAUCCUUAUUUACCACCUUCUGGUUUCGAUACUUGUGCCAUUUGUACUUGUGACCCAAUAAAUUUAAUAGUAAGAUGUCCACGAGUCCAAUGUCCAGCAUUGGAUUGCGAUGAAAAAACAGCUAUAAGACCGGACAAAAAAGCCUGCUGCAAGCAGUGUCCAGUAGUGAGCGUGAUUCCCAUUUCCGGCACUCAAGGACCGGUAACCAGUGAUCCUUCAUUGCCACAUGAUCAGGCCAUUGUCCAGUCACUUUAUGUACCCAAACGUACUCCGGAGGACAUUCUGGCCGACGGUGGAUGCAGAUAUCCCGUAGGCGGACCCUAUGAAAAUGGCAGAGAUUGGCAUCCCAAGAUUCACUCGCACGGAGAAAUAAAAUGCGUUAAAUGCCGUUGCAAAAAUGGCGAAGUAAAGUGCGAUAGGAAACGGUGUCCACGCUCCCUAUGCAAUUCGAUCGUUAACCAGCUCAAGCGAGGGGAACGUAUUCCGGAAGCAGACGAUUGCUGCACCGUACAGUGUAAACGAUCACGAAGACAUCACCGUAAUCAUCGCAACCAUCAUCAUCAUAAUCAUAAUCAUAACCAUCAUAACCAUCAGCAGCAACAACAGCAGUCCCAGUCUCAGCCCCAAUCCCAGCCCCAGCCACAGCAACAGCACCAACGUUAUUACUCUUCUUCGUCGGUUCUUCUGUCGUCAUCAUCAUCGUCACCAAAAACUUCGAAAUACUCAAUGACGUCUCGCGAUCUCAGCUGAGAUCGCUCCUGCUAAUCCGUUAGAUCGGUUCUUGCAAUCAGUCCAUAAGAUAUUUUUAUUAUUUUUAAAAUUAUUACUAAAAAAAAAAAGAAAAAAAAGAAACAUACUAGGGUUAUUGCACUUCCUCUCAUUAUUAUUAUCAUUAUUAUUAAAUGAAAAAAAAAAGAAAAAAUUUAUAUAUAUCUAUAUAUAUAAAUAAAACAGGCAAAUAAUAAAAUAAAAGAUGAAGAUAAAAGAUAGAAGAUAAAAGAAUAAGAUACGAAGGAAGAGUAAUAGUAAUGCGAAUUGAAUAAUUCAUUGGGUUGAAUUGCAAUUGUCUGACAGUAAGAAUGACAUCUAAAUGGAGAAGGGGUAGGAGAAAAUUGUGAUAGAUGUGUAUGGACAAUACUAUCAAUUGCUUCUAUCUUUUUAUAUAUGAUAUAUAUCUUUCACUCUCCCUUACUAUCUCUCAUAUCACGUCGCUCUGUGGACAGACUGAUUUUAAUUUGUCAAUUGGUUUCUAUUAACAGAAAACCCGAACGGAAGGACGUCGUUCCACGAUACACAUAUUAUAUUAUUAUUUAUUUUAUUUAUUUUUCCUCUCUUUGAUCUUUUGAUUGAGGAAAAAAUUUAUAAAAUACUAAAGAGAGAAAGGGAAAGGGUAAAGUGCCUGAUAAAGAGAGUGAUAAAGGGCAAUUGAGUGGGUAAGUAGGGAUUUACAUGAUGGAAUAUAAAUAUCAUGUUUGUUAUUAUUAGUAUUAAUUAAUAUUAAUAAUAAUGAGGAUAUUGAUUGGGAUCGUUCGGCUCCUAAUUUUUUUUUUAACUACCACCCACCUCAACGAGUUACCCAACAACCAAAGAAGACUGAAGAACCUCGAUGGCGACGUCAGUUAUCGUUAUUCAAUUGCUAUUAUUAUUAUUAUUAGUAAUUAUUAAUCAAUUAAUAAUAUUAUUUCAUUAUUCAUUGUUAUCAUUUUUAUCAUAAUUGUUAUCAAUCACUGCUAACAUUAUUCUAAUUAUAUAAAUGCUAAUUUAACAAAUAAAUAUCCAAGACUAUAAUUACUCACGAGUAAUAACGUCUGCUUUUAUGUCA